AUGGCAGUUACCAGUCUGGCAUUGGCGGUUUCGAUUACUGAAGAGCAAUUCGGGUUUGAUGCUAUAAGGGUCGGGUGGAGUUUGAUGGAGGGGAGGAGGUUAAGUGGGUGGGCAUUAUCCGGUUUGUUUGUUUUGGUUUCGAAUUUGAUUAGUUGGAAGGUGGUGAGGAAGAUGGAUAGCUGGGAUUUGUCGAAGGGAGUAUCAACGGCGCUGGUGAGAUGGUUGUGGGACAAUGUGGGUUGGGAAUGUUUGUAUGGGUUGGUGGUGCUUUGGAGCUAUGUUAUUACAACGGUUUUCUAUUGGGAGUGUAGGAGAAGGAAAGCAAUAAAAGACGAAACUGAUAGUGCAGUUUAG